UUGAAGAGUUGUUAGGGUUUUGAUUUCCCCCUUUUUCCUUUUCUUGGAAUUUUGAUUUUUCGUCGUCAUCGGAUUACCAGGAGACUGAGUUUAUCCAAGUCCUUAAUCUCCCCAGGUUUCAUUGGUAUCAACAGAGUUAGAGAUUUCCAGCUAAAUGUCAGCCAAGGAGGAGGUUGGGGAGAUUCAUUCACUUGUUGCAUGUAAUGGGAGUGCAUCUAGAACUAAUGAAACUGGACUUCAUCUUUAUCCGGUUUCUGAGUAUGAAUUUGGCGAAGGUUUACCAUAUGCUCCUGUAGAUUGGCCAAAUGCUGAUGAUAAGUGGGGCUGGCGUGCGGGGAAAAGAGCUACAUCUUCAGGCACCUUUAAAGAUAGAUAUCUGUAUCUUCCGAAGCGUCUUCAAGUUCGGAAAGAUGGAAAGAUGAAUGCUUUUAGAAGUAGGAUUUCGGUUAAACAUUAUCUCCAAUCUGAGUAUCCUAGUAUGGAUAUCAACCAAUUCUUUGCCUCAUUCAGUUGGAUGAUUCCUUCGAAACAGUCACCAAGCUCAAAAGAUAUUGAUUUUGACUCGGAUAUGAAGGAGAAGACUACAUCUUCAGGGACGAAAAUGGAGCCUUUACCAUCUGAUUCUCCUUUCGGAGCUAUUACUUGUAAGGCUGGUAACAGAGUCUGUAGCAGUUUAACAGCGGAAAAUCCUUUUCCAGAGACCAUGUUUUGUGAUGUCUGUUGCAGUGAGCCUGGUUUUUGCCGAGACUGUUGCUGUAUCCUUUGUUGUAAACCUAUCAGUUUGGACUAUGAUGGGUACAGUUAUAUUCGAUGUGAAGCAACAGUAGUUGAUGGCUACAUAUGUGGACAUGUUUCCCAUCUAGAGUGUGCUCUACGAGCUUACAUGGCUGGGACAGUCGGAGGAAGCAUUGGUUUGGAUGCAGAGUAUUUCUGUCGAUACUGUGAUGUAAGGACAGAUUUGGUUUCACAUGCUUUGAAGCUUUUAAACAUCUGCACAUCUGUUGCUUGUCGUGCUGACAUUGAAAAGAUUUUGAAUCUUGGCAUUUGUAUUUUGCGUGGCUCACAAAAAACGAGUGGACAAGAGUUGUUGCAUUGUAUCGAAUCAAUCAAGGCAAAGCUUACGAAAGGAGUCUGCCUUGAUGAUGUAUUCAAAAAGAAAAGCUGUGUGGAUAGCACUGCUAAAUCUGGUGCAUUGCAAGUUCAGAAUCUCAGCCGGGGGCAAAAGACACUACAUGAUUUCUUCCAAUCUGCCUAAAUGUUGGUCACAAAGUUACCCUAUGCUGAUGGGAGGUACUCUGUGGAUUGUGGAAUCUUGUCUAGACACCAUGGUCAUAAAAAAAUGAUUUGGUACAUUGCAUGUGCCACUGAUUUUAACCUUGCCAUUCAAAUAUUUUGUUUAGGCUAUUGUAGCAAAAAGACUGUAAAGCAGAACCCUAUAUCGAGUUGCCUUUUUGUUUUUCCUAUAUAUUUUCCAAGCAUAAAAUCACGAAGUCGGCCCAAAAAGGGGGUGAGACUCGUCAUUCUCCGCUUGCAAGUCAAGCUUUUCAAGAGAAUCUUUCAGGAUGGUUUUUCCAAUAUACUCCACUUCCUGUCAUGGGUAUAACUGGAAAAACAGAUUAAGCAGCAAAAAAGUAUACCUCAUUUGACCAUAUUCAGUACAUUUAUAUAUUAUCACCAUCUGCUCAAACAGAAAGAACUCAAGUUUUGCUCAUUAUUUGAAUGAGUUAUUUACCUGGUUGUUCAAGUAAACAAACACAUGUAUAUGUCACAAUUGGCAAGGGUGAAAUUUCUUGGAUACUCAAUUUUGAUGUCAUCAUUUAA